AUGGCGGAAGCAUUAGUAGAAGCCGGCGGAGAAGUGCAUUGUCUUGAUCGGCUACCUGAGCCUGACGAAGAGUUUCGUGCUGCACAAGCGCGAGCAAAUCCCCAAUUUGGGGGGUCUCUACAUUAUCGGCGGUUGGAUGUCCGUGACAGGAAUGGUACCAACCAGAUAAUGUCUGCAAUCGCUGAAGGCAAAAAUCGGCUAGAUGGCUUAGUGGUGGCGGCUGGGGUAAACCACAUCGGGGGUGCUAUUGCUCACUCUGCCGCUGACAUUGAACGCGUAAUCAGCAUCAAUUACACUGGAGCUUUCACGUCUGCAACUGCUGCAGCAGCACAAAUGCUCGACAAGAAAACUCGUGGGUCUAUACUACUAGUUUCGAGUAUGAGUGGAGUGAUCGCGAACAAAGGAAUGACAUCGUCCAUCUAUAACUCAUCAAAGGCCGCUGUGAUCCAACUCACUAGAAGCUUUGCGAUGGAAUGGAGCAAUGUCGAUAACGAAGGUAGGGGUGGAAUACGAGUGAACUGCCUUUGUCCUGGACACAUAAUGACGCCCAUGGACCAGAUGGCCAUGGAUAAGGCGCCGGGGACAAAGGAGGUAUGGGAAUCUGAGAACAUGAUGGGACGAUUGGCACAACCGGAAGAAUUUCGUGGUAUUACCUUGCUCCUUAUGAGCAACGCGAGCAGCUUCAUGACUGGGAGUACAAUCAUAGCCGACGGUGGGCAUACAGCGUGGUGA